AUGAGAAGCUUCAAGCACGUAGCAGUAGCUCUGUCCUUCCUUCUGUGCAUGAUUUCUCAAGCAGAAAGCUCACCGAAGCCAGCGAGACAAUGUCCGCCUCUGAAGAAGGGCAGCUUUGUCGUUCAACAGUACCAACUCUAUCCCGAGAAUGCGGACUGGGACGUCAACAACUGCAUCGUCUACUUUGGCGUUGUAGUUUAUGAUCCGUACAAGGACACCGUCCUAGACAUCUUGACGUUCGAUGGCAUCACGCACAACCCUGCCUUGCACAUUGGUGGCGUGCAGGUAGACACUCGCACCAAACUAGUCUCGAUUGUAGUCGACGCCGCCGCCCCCUUCAAUACCGGCGGCAAAGACGUGUCGGGUGACAACUUCAUCAUCAAGUACGACCCGGCAAAGAAGCAGGUCCUGUGGAACAAGAACAUCACGGCCGUGACCAGAGGGGCAUACGGAGGCUUCCAGGACAUUGAGCACGACACCCACGGAAACACCUACGUCGUUGGCUCGUUCCCGGGUACAAUCAUGAAAGUCGACCGCCAAGGCUCUGCUGUCGUCCCGUGGUACCUCCCCGUGAAGAUUGACCACACGAAAAUGGGCUUCUCCGGCCUCGCAGCCACUGGCAAUAUCCUGCUGUCCAACAAUAACGAGGACGCCCAGAUCUACCGGUUCGAUAUGAAAGCGGACAAGGGCGCUCCCGUGCUCGUACCGAGAUCGCCGAAUGUGACGCUAGCGGGCACCGAUGCCAUCUAUCUUCCACCAAGGUACGGUGGAAAGGUGUUGCUUAUCGCCGAGAAUACCAAAGGCGUGACUGUUUUGCGGUCAAAUGAUGGGUCCUGGAAGUCUGCCGAGCACCUUGGCACGGUACCGAAUAAUUCCACCGAUGCUCAAGGAGGGAUUGUCACUGCUCCGGUGCAAGUCGGCGACAGUCUGUUCAUGGUUGAGGAGUUCUUUGCGGAUGCUCCUGUUGCGGGCUCGACUUCUGGGAACAGGACUAGUUUCCCGAUGGUGGACAUCACCUCGCAGGUUGAGGAUCUUCUCAAGAAGCUCCUCGUCAUCCACGCCGAAGCCGAUAUCCCGCAUCGGAACCGGGGCGACAGACACGACGCCAGGUGGAACAAGAUCGUAUUCGAGACCAGUCUCACAGAUCUUCUCACAGCCCAGCAGAAAACAUGUGCCUUUAUAGACUGGAUACUCGACGGGGAGUGCAUCGCACGACCAGACGUUGGCGAAUGCGUCGACAACAUAUCCGGCGAGGUCUACCAGAUGGACCUCGAAGAGCUCGAGCAGUUCCACGGCCAGAUUGACAAGGACCCGGACUACAGGCUUCCUUCCAUUCGCCACGCCGUCCAGGGCCGCAGCGACGGGUACGUCGACUAUGUACUCGUAGCUGAGACGAACCCCCCAUUCCGUAUUGGUGGUGACCACACUCCAGACGUCCUGACUAUAGAAUUCUUUGGGCUUUGGGACCCGCGCACAAAGCUCGUCUCAUAUAGGACGGUCAAGGGUCUGCAGAUAUGUACGCCUCAUGAUAACCCGGCAGCCAGAGACUUCUGGACGCGGCCGAUACAGAAUGAUCCUGCGUGUUGUCUGCCUGCAGUGAAGUCAUGGCUGGCAGAUUGCGAGGAUAAGCACGAAAGGUGUCGGGAGCUGAAGACGCAGUCUGGGCCGUCGGCACUCAGGCCUAUUAGGCUGAUUUAUAUUGAUUACAACUCUAGAGCAGGGAGCUAUUCGCUGCGGUUGCAAGAUACGGCGAAUCUCAAUCCUCUACCUAGAUUCGCAGCUUUGAGCUAUUGCUGGGGCGGCAACCAGACGGUGAAAUGCGAGACGGCUACGCUCGAGGCAUUCACAAAGGAUAUUUCCUUUGAAAAACUGCCUCGGACGAUACAGGACGCUGUCAAAGUCUGCUCGCAGCUCGGAGUUGAGUAUGUCUGGGUCGAUGCUCUCUGCAUCAUUCAAAAUGAAGGCAACGACGAAAAGAUUUUGGAAAUCGCCAAGAUGCCGUACAUCUACGGUCAAGCGUCCUUCACCAUUAUGGCAUCCAGAGCCAAGACUGCGUGGGAAGGGUUUCUCCAGAACAGAGAGUGUUUCAAAGAGUCUGAUCAAGCAUUUCUUCUCUCCUGGCAGUCCGAAAAGGGCGAACUGGGAUCGAUUACCUUGGUCGAGAUGGAGGCAGGGCCCGAGCCUAUUGACGAGCGGGGGUGGACUUUUCAAGAACGUCUUUUAUCUGUCAGAAUCGUCGAGUUCGGGUCCCGGCAAACUAGAUGGAGCUGUCAAGAACCAAUUCCGUCAAUCACCGGGAACGACACGCUAUACGGCCUCGACGUCGGUGAGGGUGCAACCGACGGCUGGGGAAAGAUUGCAGAGCCCAAUGACCUCAGGCAGGACUCCUUCAACUGGGGCUACUGCUCAAAGACUCCAUCCCCGUGGGGCGCACUGGUAGAUAUCUACACCAGUCGUACUCUAUCCUUCAACACUGAUCGCGCUCUGGCCAUGUCGGGAGUCGCGGAGCGCUUUGCUGUGUUGACUGGCGAUGAAUACGCCGCUGGUCUCUGGAAAAGGAGCAUCCGCGACGAGUUGCUCUGGAGAGUGGAGCAAGAUGAGCGACGAAAUCGGGCGGCGGCCUAUCAGGGGCCUUCGUGGUCGUGGUUCGCAGUUAAUAGUAGUGUGAGAGCAUACGUGGCUUUGGGUGACGGUUGGGAAAUCCCUACAUUCGAAGGCGAUGUAACGGAUGCGACGGAGGUCUACCACGCCGAAGUCAUAUCUAUUUCUGCCGAGCCGGUGAACAAGAAAGCGCCCUACGGCGACGUCCGUGGCGACUCAGGUCGGCUUAGACUUCAUGGGAGGCUUGCGGCAGCCACCAUCAUCAAUCAUCCCACAGGAGACUCAAGGGACGAUCCAGAAAAUGUCUUUGAUAUAGCCAGUCCCCCGAGCUCACAAGGUGUUCUUGACUCAGGGACGAAGCUCAUGAGUACCAGAAACAUCAGCUGUCAUCUUGAUUGCCUAGAUGAAGUAGACGUCAAAUCUGCAGGCUCCGGGGGGUACAUGGCACUGGAGAUCAAGAGAGUGCGCGGGUACUCUGCCGACUGGACUAUACUCGGACUGCUUCUACAGCCAGUCAAGAUGAAUGGGGGAAGUUCGUUGAACGGUGUGCCAGCUUACAAAAGAAUUGGCAUACCGAUGGAGCAAAACGAAAAGCUGAAGACCCUGACCCUGGCUAAGAUUUUGGAAAGGCUCAACCUAAAGGACACAAGACACCCAGGUGAAGAUGAAAGCCAGAAUCAAGGGGAUCAGAUACGUGGAAAUCCUACGACUGUAAGGCAUUGGAUCGAGACAUCGGUAAGAAACGGCAUGAAUGACAGUGCUCCUCUCGCAUUCAUGGGCCCAUUUGGCGGUGACGGCGCUGCUCCUGCGAGCAUUCCUGCUGGGAGAGCUCCAAGUAGCCAGACGCCGACACCUCCCCGUCCCAGCCUGAGACCUUCUUCACCUUCACAACUCCGCCCCGGUACGUUUCCCAUACUCCUUGGCCGGGUCGAAUUCUCGCUGAUCAAACUUAGCGAGCUCAGCGGUCUCAUGCCCCAACAUCCGAUCUACAACUCCAUCUCAUCAGACGAUACCGCCAUCCCUUCUGCAACAUUCUUUCCCCCCAGUGGCCGUCCGGUGCAGAACCCGAUGGUGGCAGCGCUUUCGUCCGGGCAGCAAGCCCCUUUGAAGGCGCGACUCCAAAUGGACAAGAACCGAAGAGCCUCAGUCGUUAAGAUGACCAGCCGGGAGAAGCUUCUGAAGUCGAGCAGCCCCCUGAUCCCCUCUGCCCUCCGAAGUGUCAAAUUCCCUCCUCCGUCGCUCGAGAGCACCACCGACGAGUCGAGCAGCGAUGAGCUCAUCAUUACAAACCGCGGCCAUUUGAGCAGCCAAGUUCAUCAGACUCAGAGUAGCAUAAGAAUGAAUAUCGAUUCCUCGUUCAGCCUCCUGGCUCCUCCCAUGUCUCCGAACGAACUCUUCAACGCAUUCUCAUCCAUGAACACGUUCGCAGCCAACAACCCGCCUCCUUCCUUGCCCCCGAACGACCUGCUCGCGACCCCGGGCCCGGCUUGGAACUUGGACCUGCUCCAGAGCCCUCAACUCGGGCACAUCCUCCCACCUCCAGCGGAGAUCGCAGUCAGAGUCGGCAACGCGCGCACCCUCGCUCACAACGGCUACCGCGGCCCCUUCGACAUCGGCCGCCUCACCUGCCUCAUUGAUUCGUACACUGGCGAGCCCAACCCUAUCGCCGAGACACGCCCCGAUGCUCACGGCAACAUGGUCACGUACGACAUUCACACCAACGAAGCCAUUCUCGACGUCGAGCCCUGCGAGACUGGCACCGCCCAGUGGGGCAGGAAGGGCGAGUUCACUGGCUUUGUCGAGGAUAUAAAGGAUCCGCGCUUCAAGCCGAACGCAAAGGAUGCCUGGAUGGGCGCUAGGCUUGGCGAAGGCACUCAAUCUGUCAUGGCUCAUGACUAUGAUGUCCCGGCUGCGAUACCUAAUACGGGUCCGACGCCGUCUUGGGUCAAGGAAGCCAAUGACAUUCUUGGUGUUCCGAACGAGGAUGACGAGGAUCAGCCGGGUCUUUUCGAAUAUUGCGAUUUGAAUUUUGACGAAUGA